AUGAAUAAAAUUUAUAGAUAGUACAAUUUAGAGCGUUUGCGUCUUUAACAAUCUUAAUUAGAAUCAAUCAAAUUAGACAGUAAAUAUUGAUCAUAUAUCAAAGGAUCUGAAAUGAAAAGAGGAACUGGUUAGAAUGCAAUUAGAAAAGUUUUUGGAAUUGAUGAAUCAAGCAAACAUGAAUAUGAUAUUUAUGAGAGACAACAAAUAGAUUCAUUUAAAAAAUGUUUAGAUGAUGAUAAUCAAUUAUUAUCAGAUGAACUUAUACUAAGAUUCUUAUAUGCUAAUUAAUUUGAUUUUGAUUAGACAAUUUAAGUAAAUAUAACCUUUUAAAAAAAUAAGCAUAUGCGCACUCAUCAAUCAUGGAUUACUAAUCCUAGUAAUUUUUAGUGGACAUUAAAUGCUGAAGAGAUAAUAGUAAGGAAUAGAUAACUAUAUUAAGAAAUAAGGAGCAAUAUAUAUAAGUGGAAGAGGAUUGGGUUUGAAGCCGAUUGUUGUAGUAAAUGCUGAUAAAUUGGAUAUCUCUACUUAUCCUAUUGAUGAAAUGAUUAAGGCCAUUUCAAUUAUCUUUAUGGUUGUGAAGGAUUAUAUGUUAGCAUCUGGAAAGGUUGAAAGUUGGUUUGUAAUCGUUGAAGCAAAAAAUACAACAGCAUAUAAGAUUCCAUUUAAUGUAAUUGUAAUAAUAUAUUAUGGUAGCAUUUGAAUUAGAUUUUUGAGGUAUUAAAACUAAAUUUUCCAUGCUAUUUAGAAAGAGUGUUUAUCUUGCAACCUUAAACAUCAAUCUAAAUUACAUGGUAAAUUGUAGAGUAGUUUAUUCCUCAUAAUUCUCGUCACAAAGUAGAAUUUAUUGAUAACGACUAUUCUCUCUUAUUUAAUUACAUAAAACCUAGAUAAUUAGAAUAACGACAUGGAGGUAGGGCACCAAAUGUAUAUGAUUAUUGGCCACCACAUAUUGAUGAUUUUAAUGAAGUGGAAUUCUUAGAGAAAUAGAAAUUGGAAACACAAAAGAUCAAAGAGUAAAUAAGUGCACUUUAAAAAGUGAUGCCAUUUACUUCAAAUAUUGAUUUUGCAGUUUCAGAUUUACUAAGGAAAUAGUAUAAACCUAAAACAAAAGUUUAUUAAUAAGAAACUUAUUUAGAUACAACUAAUUAUUAUGUAAAUAAAACAGUAACUAAAACUAUGUUAUUAAAUGGACCUAAAAAAGAACAUGUAAUCUCAUAUUAAAAUGAAUAAUAAAUAUAAUAGUAAUAGAAAACUUAAGAAUUGAAUACAUCUCUAGAAUAGAAUUAGAGGAUUGCAAAUAAUAAUAAUUAAUAAGGUACUUAUUUUCUUUAAUAACCUUAAUAAUAAUAAACAAUUCCUCUAUAAAGUAGAUUUGUAGGUUCUAAGACAAAAUUAAAUGAGUCAUAGGGUUCUCUUUUAAAUGCAGCAAAUUAGAAUCCAUUAUUUCAAUCAAGAUUUGUAGGCAUAAGAACUUAACAUUUAGUGACAAAUAAAGAUGUUAGUAUAAUGCUUAACAAAGAUGAGAGAAUGUUGAAUCAUUCUUAAUUAAUGUGA